CUUGUAAGGCUUCCACCCACACCAGUCUAUGGCCAUGGUCACUGGUUGUUACACCUGUGGCUUGAGCCUCCCCUCCUCGUCUUACAGGCUCACCUGCAGUGGAGGCGGACGUAGUGUUGGAACUCUUGUCUUUUGAAGGUGGUGGGGGUUGGUUGGCAUUCUGCUACAUUUGAACUUGAAACCGAAGGUGUGUUGGUGUAUUUAACGUGGAAUUUUGAAACGAAGGACAAGAUUACAAAACUGAGUGGUAAAAUGUCUCGGAGGAAACGGGGCAGUCGUCCUCGGCAUUUAAGUGGGACGCUCCAUGCUGAUCUCGAGGAAGAAGCACUGUACUCCCAUGUUGAAGACUGCUCAUCUAAAGGAGAGCCCGUCAACUGUGAUCUGCUAAUAUGUGGACAGUGUGGCAGUAGUUUCUUGCUAAGCCAGAUCUUAACAUUUAUUGAACACAAGACUACCUUCUGUGCUCGUGGAAGGGACUCCCUGGAAAAAAAUGCACCUGAUCCCUAUAGCUCAACAGGACUGGCACAGACUUCGCUGUCUUCAGCAUACCCAUUCAGAUUAGUGUCGCCCACAAAGGAUGCAGCUGCACACUUUUAUAAAGGAUGCCUUCCUACAGUGGCCUUUCAAAAGAAGGGUCUGAGAGGUAAAUCUGACUCUACUUAUACUUGUGUGAUGUGUAGGGAGAUAUUCACCAGUGCAUGGUACCUGCUGCAGCAUGUUCAGAAUGUCCAUGGAUUUCAAAUAUGUUUAGAAAUUGAUUCUGAAAAGUCCUUCACACCAAAGGUUGGCCUGCCAGUACGUCAACAUGAAGAAACAGUUGCACAGUCUUGUGUUUGGAGUAGUGAAUCUUGCACGGAAGAAGCUGUGACUCGCAAACCCUUGGCUGAAAUGUUUGAAGAUAUGCACUCUUCUGUGCCACCAAAUUCUAACCUUCAUGAGCUUCAUUUGCUUCAUACAAAUUCUGGACAGCUUUACUUAGAAAAAAAUGAACCUGAAAUGUAUGACUGUACUUUACACAAGGGAGUCCCAUACUGGCAUCCCAGAACAACUCCGAUGCACACAUUUUCCACUGAGCUGCCUGUUCCUACAGAUAAAACUGUUCCUUUGAAAAGUCAAGCUGGCAAUGCUUUGCUUGCUCAAAUGAACAACUCAUCCGUAAUGCAUCAGGCAUUUCCUUUCCUUCCCAAAGAUGAACCUCUACAGAGAAAAGUCAAAUCUUGUGAAUACUGUGGAAAGACCUUCAGAUUUGCAAGCAAUUUGGUGGUUCACCGCCGCAGCCAUACUGGUGAAAAGCCAUUCAAAUGCUCCAUCUGUAAGCAUGCCUGCACACAGCGUAGUAAAUUGAAGAGACAUAUGAAAACUCACAAGCAGAAGAUAGUUCCCAUGACGCAGGAUCAUGAGACUGUGGCUUCUGAAGGGCCACUGGAAACUAGCAAUAAAACAGAGCUUAAAGGAACUGAGGAAGUUCCAAAGAUAAUGGGUCUGACAAAUUUGAAAUGUCCCUUGGAAAAAGAUAAAGAUGGUAAAGAAGAGGACAAUAAUAAAAACUGGAAAAAUCUAGAUCCACUGCACCAUCAGUUGGAAGGUAGUGGAGCUCUGCAGCGUAGCAGUCUUUCUUUCCUUCAGGCAAUGGCUUUAAGCAAUCAGGGAAGUCCCACAGUGUCUCUGGAGAGUUCUUCAAAUACUCAGGUUUAUAGUAGUGCUGUACCCACUGAAGGGAUUAAGGAAGAGGCUGAUGAUCCUUCCCAUUGCAUAGACUCUAAAACUGAUUCUCCCCUUUUGCUGAAGUCCACAUCCUCUGAGAAGGGCUAUUCAUGGUGUGUCUUUAAGCAUGCAAAGCUGGAAAGUCAGAGUGAGAAAUGUGAUCUGCAACUGCUUGAUGUACAGAGUGACUCCUCACCAUGGAGUACUGAGAGCAUGUUAGACACCGGUUUGUCUCCUGAUAACUCCUCAGACCAUUCCUCAGAUAAUGGAAAUGAAUUUAGAGUUUCUAGUCAUACAGACGAUAGCUCUGAGGAAGUUCUUUCUUCAGAAAGUGGAAUUGCUAGUGGAAACUGCACUCCAAAGCAUAAUGGCACAGAUGUCCAAAACAUGAAACGCAAGGACACGUGUGAAUUUUGUGGAAAGGUUUUCAGAAACAGCAGCAAUCUGACUGUGCAUCGACGUAGUCACACAGGGGAGCGUCCUUACCACUGCCCUCUCUGCAGUUAUGCUUGUGCUCAGAGCAGUAAGCUGACACGUCACAUGAAAACUCACAUCCAGAGUGGAAAAUUGCCAUUUCAUUGUAAGAUCUGCAAUAUACCUUUCAGCAUUUAUAGUACCCUAGAAAAGCACAUGAAGAAGCACCGUAUAGAAACUGCAUUUGAUGACUCCUUAAGCAGAGAAACUAGUGCAGAAUAGACACAUCUGUCGUGUUGGAAAAUAUUGGCAAAGUGUUAUUUCUUCACAGCUAAGGCAUUUGUUUUACAUUGGUAAAGGAGCUGUGACUAUUGCUGGGUUGUAUUUUGAGAUCUGGUUACCAAACACAAUAAGGAAAACUAAAUGAAUGCAGUCAUUGCAGAGUACGUAGUUAAAAGGAACAUUUGUGCUAGAUCAGAAACUGCAGUCUGUACCAUGUAGCCAGCUAUGUCCGAUUGUCCUAAUUUAAGAAUAUUACUGUGUUAGCACAGUAUUUAUUUAGCAUCCUUACUGAAUGACUAAAUGCCUGAGUGGCAUACCGGAAAAAGCUAUCAAGUAUGAUGGUUAUGUUAUGCAAAAAAAAUUGUCUACUUUUCAUUGACUUUUUAACGGUCGCUUGCAAGUAAUGUAUUUUUUUUUAGUACAUGUGGAACUCUUGUGCAACAAAGACAGUUUAGUUAAGAAAACUGCUGAAUUCUGAUUUUUGUUUGAUGGGUAGUUUAAGAUGCUGUGUCCUCUAGAUGGAUACUUAUAUUUAUGACCCCUUGGGAGUGACUUCACAAGUUAUCUUGACUGCAGUGCACUUGAACAAAAUAUAUUAUGGUUUACUGCUCUAAAAUGCAACUUAGACUGCUGAUAAUCUAUUGUUACAGAUCUUUGUGCAGUUUACUUUUCUUUUUCAGAAUUCAUCUUGCGUGAACUUUUAAGAAAAACGUGCUUUUCCAUUUAAGCUAAAGGUUGAAGAUAAUGUAAUAUAGCCUGAAAUUCAUUGCAGUUUGCUUCAGAUACUUGAGAGGAUGCUAGUGUUUAAAACUGCUUUCUGUCAAAUCACGCUUGUUAGGCUGUGAUAACUUUAGUUUAUCUUUUGCUUGUAUGGUUGUUUGGUAAUUACUGCACUAUAUCACGGUUAAGAUUAUUUUUAUUUAUUUUUUUUAACUAUUCCACCUUUACUCAUGGUUAAGGGGCUACUUUCUUCAAAGUACAUUUUGGGUACAGUGCGUAGGUCAUUAGCUGUAAUGGGUAGCUCUGUUUUCUUGCUUUGACUUGGAUUGAGGUUGAAAAGAGCCAGUGUACCCAACUAAUAAGUAAAUGUUGGCUUAUUUCGAGUAACUGAUGCCUUUACAAUUAGGCCAUCCAAGUACACUUGUAAGUUGUGAAUUAACUGUUGCUGUGUUAUAUAAAUCUACAUUGUGGGGAAGGAUUAUUUAAAAAAAUAGAAUGCUUUUAGAGUUGUAUUUGUAAAAUGUACUUUGUUACCACAGGCUUUAAAAUAACCCAGGUUGUUGACCAGUGAGUGUACAUUGUUAGCUGUUUUGGUUAUAAAAAACAAAUUUGUUAGUAAAGGUGGUUCUUUACCUAAUAUACUGAUCUUCCUAAUACUGUAAUUGAAAGGAGGGAUCCAUUUUCAUGGCAUCUCUAGUAAUGGUCAUGUUUGUUUAGCUUCAUUUCAGGUGAAAAUCCCACUGAGAUUUAAGUGUCAAAAAGACUGUCACGUUUGUGUUAAAUAAAGGUAAAUCUGUUCUUAAUGUUUUACCUCA